AAGUCUCAUCUUCGUACUGAGCUUAAAUACCCGCACCUCACACUUGAGAGAACCAUGGCGCCCAAGCUCGCCGCCGUUCUCGUCGCCGCCUGCGCCGUCCUCCUCGCGCUCGCCGCGCCGCUGCUCGCCGGCGACCCCGACAUGCUCCAGGACAUCUGCGUCGCCGACUACAAAUCGAUCCAGGGCCCGCUGCGUGUGAACGGGUUCCCCUGCAAACGCGAGGCGAACGUGACGGCGGAGGACUUCUUCUUCGGCGGGCUGGCGAAGGCCGCCGACGUGUACACCGGCAACCCGGUGGGGUCGGCGGUGACGGCGGCGGACGUGGAGGUGCUGCCGGGGCUCAACACGCUGGGCGUGUCCAUGGCGCGCACGGACUUCGCGCCGUCGGGCGGCGUCAGCCCGCCGCACGCGCACCCACGCGCCACGGAGAUCCUCUUCGUCGUCGAGGGCGCCCUCGAGGUGGGCUUCGUCACCGCGGCGAACCGGAGGCUCCUGGGCCGCACCGUCCGCGCCGGCGAGGUGUUCGUGUUCCCCCGCGGCCUCUUGCACUUCCAGCGGAGCGUCGGGGCGGUGCCCGCCGUGGCGAUCUCGGCGUUCAACAGCCAGCUGCCGGGGACGCAGGCGGCCGCCGGGGCGCUGUUCGGCGCCGCGCCGGCGGUGCCCACGGACGUGCUGGCGCGGGCGUUCCAGAUCGACGGCGGAGUGGUCGAGAGCAUCAAGUCCAAGUUCACGCCCAAGUAGGGCGUGCCCGUCGUGGAUUGCAAUUUGAAUGUGAUCGAAAAUGAAGUACGCGCGUACGUGAACGUGCUGUUAAUUUCAGCGCGAUUAAUAUGAUGCUUUAUUUGGUACUCCGCACAA